AAAUAAAGUAAAGAAAAAAAAGUUUGGUUUAAGGAGGAUACGAAACCCCCUGAAUAACAACUCAAAGACUGGGCGAUUCCAAUCCAUCGCAUUAAAAAAGAAGAAGCCGCCGCUACUUUGCUCUCAACUGCCGGAAUACCCGCCGCUACUUUGCUCUUAGCUGCCGGAAUACCCGCCGCUACUUUGCUCUCGCCGGAAUACCCGCCGGAGCCGCUGCAAGAUAAUUGCUUCGCCGCAGAUCUCUGUUCUUCCUUUCUUUACCGCCAUUAUCAUGGUUAAUGCAACAAAAGGCGUCUUCAAUUCCUGUGACAUACCUAUGGCUCAAUAUAUCAUAAAUAUGAAUGCUUCAAUGCCUUCAUGCGACAAGUUCAUAAUACAUGUCUUGGACAGUACUCACAUGUUUGUUCAACCCCAUGUCGAGCUUAUGAUUCGAAGUCAAAUUGCAAAGUUUAGAGAAGACAAUACUUAUGUCAAGCCUUCUUGAUUUCAUUCAAUCUCAAUUUCAUCUUACCAAUACUUGUUUGUUUAUCAUGUUGGAAAACACUCUUCUAUUGAUGUUCUAUUAAUAUUGAAAUUGAAAUGCCUUUUGAAUAGUUGUAUAGACGCAUAUAAUACAGCUAUUUUGAUUAAAUUGAUGAUGAACUGGUGCAUUUUAAACAUGACCAAGUUGCUAAAUAA